AUGGUGCGACUUAUCGAACCUUCGAAGUCGCAAGAUAUCAAUGAGAUCUCAGACCAUACAGCGCAGAGCCAUGACGCUUCUUCAAGCGAUGGAGAAUCCAGUCAAACCAAUGGAAUGACUUCUAAAAGAGCUAUUCUGGGCAAAGAGGCUGCAAGAGCCAACGCGAAAAAGUGUGUUCAUCAUGGAAUUUGGAUUGAGCCAUCAGUCAAAGAGUGUGAUUUAGAUUGUAAACCAACUGAUGAGCAAUUGCAUUUUGCCAAUGGUAUUGGUUGGGGAGAUAGUCCAGUCUCGGAAAGUGUUCAGAAAAAGAUGUUCAGACUUCUACCGAAGGAAGUCAGGGAAAGGGAGGAGACAGAGGCAAAGGAGAAGACAACCAUCAGAAAGCGAAAGGCAAUGAGUAUACCUGCGCCUAAUCCAACAGAUGAGACGCCUGAGAGUACAGAUAGACGAAGUCAGCGAAUACGCAGAAAAGUCAAAACAUAUAAUGACAGAGCUUUAGCCAGGAGAGCUGUAUCUUCCAGAGAAGAGGAUCAAAGUGAUAGCAAUGCUUCAGAGAACACGGCCCGACAACCAAGAUUGUCACCCAAACAGCCUCAAGAAGCGAUGGAAGAUCGAGUCAGUUCACCUGCUAGAUCAGAUGCCGAAUCAUCGGACAGGGAGCCUGGAACUGUCAAGAGACGAAGUCAACGAGCACGCCCGGUUGUCAAAACUUACAAUAACAAGAUUAUGGCUGGUACAGCUGUACAUACUCCGGCGAAGUAUGUAAAAAAUCGCACUUGA